GAGACAUAGGUGUGACAAUUUGUACUUCAUGUCGGAUUUUCUGUCCUACUAUUAAAAGCUGCACAUUUCCACAGCUUUCGCCAACAUGAAGGGGGCCUUCUUGAAUGCCGUCCUUGCUCUGGUCAUCUCCACAUGGGCUGCCUUUGCAGUUGAGUUCCCUCUUCCCACAGGCGAAGGGGCUUCCUUAGAAGACACAAAGGUCAAGUGCAUCCACAGUAUAAACCAGUGCUGGUUUUUCUCCUACAUCAAGCCAAGUGAACCCAUAUGUGGCAGCGACCAGGUUACCUACAAUGGUGAAUGUCAUCUGUGCUUCAACAUUCUAUAUGAAGGGCUUAACAUAACUAAACUGCAUGACGGACCAUGUGGCUCCCCCUCCGCGUCCGGCUCGGCCCACAGCCUCACCGCCAGGACCGGGGGCGCUGCCCGGCCGAACGCCUGA